AUGUCGUCUUCUCUCGAGGCCAAGAUUGUCGUCUUGGGCGCCCAAAACGUGGGCAAGACGUCCCUUGUGAUGCGGUACUGCAAGGGCUCCUUCAACCCAGCCCAGACCACGUCCACCGUCGGCGCCAGUUUCCUGACCAAGCGCGUGGUCGACAAUGACUCCGACACUGUUGUGCGCCUCCAGAUCUGGGACACGGCCGGUCAAGAGCGUUUCCGCUCUAUAUCCCGUUUAUACUACCGCGGCGCCAAUGCCUGCAUCCUCUGCUACAGCAUCACCGAUGCCCAAUCUUUUCUCGACAUGGGCGAGUGGCUCAUGGAGCUGCGCCGCAACCUGCCCGCAGACGUUGUGCUGCACGUCGUCGGCACAAAGGCCGACAUUGUUGCCCGCGACCCUUCGCUCCGGCAGGUCCCCUUUGAGCGCUGCAUCGCCUACGUCGCCGAGAAUCUAGCCCCCGGCCUCGGCAGCACGCCGCCGCCGACCGCCACGCCCAAUAACGGCCAUUCCUAUCCCUCAAUGGGCGGCGUCGAACCCCGGAGCCCCAGUUCUAAGCGGAGCUCCGGCUUCUGGGGCCAGGAGGUUGGCUGGGACGCUUGUCACGAGAUUAGUGCCGAGAGCGGCGAGGGUGUCGAGGAGGUCUUCCGCGUCGUGGCCAGGAAGCUCGUCGAGCAGAACCGCAAAAUGCAGCAAGCUCUUCUCCAGGCGACGGCCACCCCGAACACCCCCGGGUACGAAUCCGGUAUGGACGGAGGGUACUUUGAGGGCAUGAAUGCCAGAGGGAGCUUCCGCCUCGGACGCGACAGGCGGAGCUGGCUGUUCCCGCCGGGCUUCUCGCCCGCUGUGACCAUUGACAGAGCUGGAUCCACGCAAGAGCAAGACCAGCAGGUCGACAGCCGGCAGAAACAACGGCGGAGCAGCUGCUGCUAG